UGACGAUGUUGGUUCAUAUAGCCAUUGUCUCAAAGUUGAAUAGAACGGUUUCGUUGAUGGACAAGAGCUGAUAAAAGAUAACCGCGACAGUAGCAUUUGAUCCUCUGUAUGGAAAACAUCUCUAUAGUGGUCGUCGGUCGGGAACGUCCUAAUUGAAUCAAUUGAACAAGCGUCUUCCGUUAAUUUGCGGGUCUGCAAAGUGCGUGUGUCUGCUAAUGUUUGUGUGAUGCUGGUGAUGUGGAUACCGGAGUUCGAUAUUCGAUGAUUAUUGCUGACUUUAAAAUGAACAGAUUACAAAUAUGUAUACUGGUGUUAUUCAGUUCUGUAUCUGCUAAACAGAUGACGGAUAUUGAAGCUCUUGCAUCAACGCCAACUAGAUGCACCUAUGAAUAUGCAUAUGAUAUGUACGGGGCUCACUGCGGUGGUCUCAGACUAAAUAAGAUACCAAGUCUUAGAGCUGGAAUAGAGAUCCUUGACUUCAGUGACAAUAAACUACAAGAAAUACACGAUGACACAUUAUCUUCGUAUACCAGCAUAAAAUUCCUAUAUCUGUCUGAAAACCAAAUAUACUCUAUCGACGAGAACGCAUUCUACUACCUAACCAACCUCCAAACUUUAGAUCUGUCUAAGAACGUUAUUCUGACCCUGCCAGAGUCAAUUUUUCACUUGCCAACCUUGCGUAAUCUGUAUUUACACGGAAACCCUCUGCUACAUAUUCGUUUAAGCAACCUUCAAUUGACUAAGCCCAUUAAAGCCCCGUUAGAACUUUUGGACUUGUCAGAGUGUAAGUUAAAAGUUCUACCGGACUGGGGUAUUUUGCCUCAACUACUUCUUUAUAAUAUAUCACACAAUCCUUUAACUGCCCUUGAGGCCCAGCACUUUAGUUCCAUGUGCAAGUUAUCCAAAGUGGAUCUGACAGAAUCUAUAGACAGUCUACAGUUAUGCGACAUGAGAUCAACAAUAUCGUGGUUUCAGCUCAAGAACAUAUACUUCCAGUUAGCAGAUUAUACCAGGCUUAAUUCUCGAGAGUUCGAGCACUGUAAACAAGAGGAACUGCCUGAUAAUCUCAACAUAACUUAUCAUCAAUGUCAGAAUCAAUACACGCAGGCUCAGAUAAUAAAGUCUUCACGUCGUACAUGGCUCACCAUCGGUGGUGGUUUGGCCGGAUUCCUCGUAGGAUUCGUCUUAUUCCUUUACGUCAUGCACAGACAUAACGUCGCACAAACGAAAAAGCUCGAUAAGGAGACCAAGAAAAUCCCUCCCGAUGGCGACAAACAAGCAUCUACCGUCCUUUUAAAUGAUGUAGCAUAAGUUAAAUGUAUACUUUUGAAUUAAGUGUCGAAUAAGUAAUAAGUAAUGCGCUGGCCAAAAUGGUUUACAUACUUUAUGAUGUAUAUAAAAACUAAAUCAGUCUAUUUGCACUUAUUUAAUUGAAUUAAUCUUUCGUCUGUUUCUGUCAAUUUUAUUCACGCUGCGAUGAAGAUACUGAUGAGUGAGUAUUAUAGUGAAAACGAUGCAAUAAGAGUGAUUUAUUAAAAAAAAAGACCGAUAUUGGAAUUUUAAUAUGUACAUAGUUAGAUGGCUGUAAAGCAUUGAGAGACCUAUUCCAAAGAGUUUAAGUUAUUUAUAAGGCAUUUUCAUUAAAAUCGCGUAAGAGAUUUGCAGCUAUAACUUUAGUCAUGUGACCGUAUGUAUUUUACCCAAAGAUGUAAUUAAAGAGUACGUUAAGAACAUGCGAGGCUUAAAAGGCUGACUAGAAUAACAUAUACCAAAUAUUGGUGUACGCCAUGUUUGCAUAACGUAUAGAAUAAUAUUAGAACCACUUUAAUAUAAAGGUAAUUGUGCGUUUUAAAUAAUGUUAAAGAAUCUCCGGGUUUACAGAAACAGCACGUGAUUUAAUAAAUAGCAUAAAAUGUAAAACAAAACAUAAUUUCGUAUUGAUUUCAUUAAUUUAUUAUUUUUAAAAACUCAACCCAUUCUCACUUAUAUGAGGAAAUGUUGAAACUAAUGUGUGAAUAAGAAUUUAUAUUAUUAAAGAAUUGAUUUUGUUUUGAAUGAAUUGGAUUGUUUAUGCCAAAGAAGUUAUGUUUUUAUAAAGGACAGUUUAAUAUUAAGUUUAAGGGUUAAUAUUCACUUAUGACAUGUUUAACUAACUUUCUGUGAUAAACAUAAUAUUAUCAAAGAUUAAAAAUAUUUUAUUUA